AUGGCAUGGAAACGAAUACGUGAGAUGACUCAACCUGCAAAUUCAGUACAUACACAUUGGGUUCUUAUGGGUGCGUUCGCAACAUGGUUUUCGAAGCUGUUCCAUUGUGAUCAAGAUCCAGUUCUGUUUCAGUAUUCGGCCUUCUCCAUUUCGUUGGAACCACACUGUGCUGCUCGUCGGGACAGAGCUACUGCCGGUUCAAACUACUCUGGAGAGUAUCAUGAAACAGGUGGACACUACCUGAAGGACGUGGUGGAGUGGAAGCAGAACGACGAGCCUAUGAUGAAUUUCAUUAUCAUUUUGUUUGCGUUCGCCACAGUUAAUUCUUUACCAAUCCUUGGUCCAGGACCAGUGAUAACUCCUGGAGAAAUCGUAUCCAACCCUUCACCUGAUGCCUUUCAACAGGGACCAGGGCCAGUAGUGGCUCCGGAAGUUGCGACAGCAAAUCCUGUACCCAUCGGUGGACCGGGUCCAGUGAUAAUCCCUGAAGAGGUCUCGGGUAACUCGGAUGGACCGAUUAUACAAGGACCAGGACCGGUGGUAGCUCCAGGAACUGUGGCAGCUGCUCCUGUACCCAUUGGUGGACCGGGGCCAGUGAUAAUCCCUGAUGAAGUUGUAUCAAACCCUUCUCCUGAACCAAUGGAGCAAGGACCAGGACCAGUGAUAAUUCGUAGAAAUGCCGUAUCAGGAAUCUCACCCGGACCAAUAGAUCAAGGACCAGGUCCAGUGAUAGUCCCAAAAGCUGUAACAGCAGGUCCUGUACCCAUUGGGGGACCAGGACCAGCGAUAAUACCUGGAGAAGUUGUCUCAGCAAAUCCUGUACCCAUCGGUGGACCGGGUCCAGUGAUAAUCCCUGAAGAGGUCUCGGGUAACUCGGAUGGACCGAUUAUACAAGGACCAGGACCGGUAGUAACUCCAGGAACUGUGACAGCUGAUCCUGUGCCCAUUUGUGGACCGGGGCCAGUGAUAAGGCCAGGAAAAGCUGCGUCGAGCAGUUCACUUGGCCCGAUGCAACUAGAACCUGGACCGGUUGUACUCCCAGGAAAAACUGUUUCAAGCUCUACCGCUGAACCGAUUGAACAAGGACCAGGUCCAGUGAUAAUCCCACAAACUGCGACAGCAAAUCCUGUACCUAUUGAUGGACCUGGACCAGUGAUAACCCCUGUAGGGAUUGUACCAUCUACAUCACCUGGACCGAUAGAGCAAGGACCAGGUCCCGUGAUAGUUCCAGAAACUGUAACAACAAAUCCUGUACCCACUUUUGGACCAGGACCAGUGAUACAGCCAGGAAAAGCUAGUUCGAGCACUCCACCUGAACCAAUAGCGCAAGGACCGGGACCAGUGAUACGCCCAGGAGAAAUCGUGACAAGUACUCUAUUUAAAUAUGUGAUCUGA